AUGGGUGAUACAAUCCACGAGAUGACGACUAAGUUUGCAAAGCUGGAGAAGUUCGAAGGUGUUGAAUUCAGGCGGUGGAAGAAGAAGAUGCACUUCAUGCUGAAUACUUUGAAGGAAACAUAUGUGCUAACUACUUCUAGACCAGCGGAGCCUGAGGAAGGUGUUGUUGAGACGAUUGAAGAGAUAAGAAGGAGACAGAAAUGGGACAAUGAUGACUAUAUCUGCAAAGCUCACAUUCUGAACGAUAUGCCUGAUGCUUUAUUUGAGAUCCAUAGUGAAGCCUUGUGUGCCAAGGAAUUGUGGGACACCCUUGAACUGAAAUAUAUCACCGAGGAUGCUUCUAGAAAGAAGUUUCUGGUAAGUGAUUUUAACAAUUAUAAGACGGAUGAUUCAAGGUCUGUUACUGAACAAUACAAUGAACUCCUUGGCAUAUACGGUCGGUUUAAACUGCAUCGUAUGAAUAUGGAUGAAUCCAUUGCUGUAUCAACCAUCAUUGACAAACUGCCUCCAUCCUGGAAAGACUUCAAGCACAACUUGAAACAUCAAAAGGAAGAACUGUCUUUGGUUCAACUUGCUAGUCACAUUCGUAUUGAAGAAUCUCUUCGUGCGAAGGAAAGUGACAAAUCUGAAAAACUUAAAGGAAAAGUUGAACCUGGAUAA